CCUUAAAUAUGACGUUUAAAAUGUUGUGGUUGGGUUCCUAACUUCACGUUACUCAAGAGGUCAAAAUUGACCUAUUUUUAUCAAAUUAUUUGUGCGGUUAACGUUAGUUAAUUUUACCAAAAUGUUAUGGAGACUGGGAGUGCUUUAUAGGACAAUACCAAAAUUAACAAUCCCGCCUAGCAUAAAUAGUAACGUUGUCCGAUAUGCCGUAACAAAUAAACACGGAGUAGUAUUGCAGGAGCCCCAUCGAACCUCUUUUGGAGUCUUCAAAAUAUUCGUUACAGUUACAUCAGGCUUGCUUAUAGGAGCUGCAAUUAGUAAAAAUAUAGCCAAUUUCCUAGAGGAGAACGACCUUUUUGUACCAUCUGAUGAUGACGAUGAUGAUGACUAGUUAAAUAACUGGUGUAUGUAGUCUAAUCAAAAUCCUAUUUAUGUACAUUACCUCCGUACCUUGUUUUAUUUAAUUAUAUUCUAUAUAUGCUAAUUUUAUUUUUUUAAUGUAUUCGUUCCAGUGAAUAAAAGCUUUAAUCAAUUCAAUCUCAA